UCCACCAACCAAACACGCGAUGGCUGACUCUACCGACUUUACCGUUAGAGAACUAUAUCUCCAACACUCUGACGCUAAGAAGUUAGCCAACAUAAUUGUAGAGGACAUGUACCUCAUCAAAAAUUGGGAACAACUCUGUGUCCCAUUCAACGUUAACAAUUCUCAGAAACUCUUGUGGCGGAGACACCUCGACAUGGGAGUUAUAUCGUAUCACAGAGUCAUCGAACAACUUCUCGAAGAAUGGUUAUCAUAUAGAAGGACGUUGAAUGAUCUUACACACCUCUUGGACAAGGAAGGCUUCAGACUUACAGCAGAAAAUAUCAAGGACCGGUUUAUCUUGGAUUCAAACCAACAGGCUUGAUCAAUUUACGCAACGUUUUACAAUUUCACAAUUGUAAUGUUUCACUUUCACAUUAAUUAUUAUGCAUUAUGAUUUCCCAGAUGGAAUGAAUAAAGUUGAUCAUAAAUUGGAGGCUUAAA